AUUUUUGCAAUUUUCUUUUUGCUGUAUUUUUCAUAAGAAUAAACAUUCCCUCAAAAAAACACUUAAAUCUUCUAAAAAGAGCCAAAUUAUCUUUAAGGAAUUUCUUACUUUAAUAAAUUUUAUUCAACAUUACUCCGAGUAAGGGAAAAAACAAAAUUUUGUCGCUUAAAAUGCGGCGAAUGAACAAUUUAAUUACCCUCUUCAGUGCCAUUUUUGCAUUUUUCUUCGGUUCCUUUUUGACGACAAUCAUUACAAAUAUCGAAAAAUGUCCCUCAAAAACAACGGUGUCCAAAUUGGACCAAAAUCAUGAAAUAUUCUUAAUGGUGCUGAUUCUAUCGGCACCCAAUUAUAUAGAGAAACGACAAAUAAUCCGAGACACUUGGCUUAAAACUGGAGGUCCUCUGGUUCAACCCUAUUACCCGGAGGACUUUGUAUAUGUUCCUGACUACGAUGCAGAUGGCUUUCUCGAAAUGGAAUCAGUUGCUGAACAAUCGAAUCAUAUACGGAACUAUGUGGAUUGGUUAGAUGGCGUAGAAAAUGCCGUUGCUAGCAGGAGGUACAUCAAAGUCAAACAUUGCUUUGCCAUUGGGACGAAGAAUCUCAGUCCAGUUCUCUUGGGAGAAUUGAAGAAGGAACAGAAAGAGUUUAACGAUAUGCUGUUCUUGCCUAAAUUGCAUGAUUCCUACUCAAACCUCACAAAGAAGCUGAUUCUCUCCCUCGAGCAUCUCACCAAUCAUGAGUCGUUUACCUAUCUACUUAAAGUAGACGAUGAUUCUUACGUGAAGAUGGACUAUCUGCUCAAUGAACUUGUUUCUUUCGAUAGGAAACUGAUUCGCAAGUCCUCCGGCUACAAGGCAAAUCCAAUCCCAGAACUCUACUGGGGAUUCUUCAAUGGCAGAGCAGCCAUUAAAACGAGGGGACAAUGGAAAGAGGAACAUUAUUACAUCUGUGGCAAAUAUGCGCCUUAUGCUCUUGGGGGAGGAUAUGUCAUUAGUCGGUCCAUUGCCGAAUAUAUCGAUGCCAACUCUCAAAUCCUUAACACUUAUGUUAGCGAAGACAUAUCCAUGGGAACUUGGUUGGCCCCGCUGCGGAAUGUCUACAGACGGCAUGAUAUUCGCUUCGACACCGGCUACAUGCCAAGGAAGUGUCGUCGGCAGCAUUUGGUUCUGCAUAAGCGAACAAUUCAGCAAAUGAAAGAUCUGUAUGAGGGCAAGUUAUGUACGUUCGAGGUUCCAAAUGAACACAGUCUCAAGCGCCCCUUGGAAUACUAUUACGAUUGGAAGAAACCAGCGGAUUCAUGCUGUAAUAAUAUAGCAGCUUAGAAUAAGUAGAGAUCGUAAUUGUUUUUAUAUCAACUAAACUUUUCUAGUCACUACGUGUAAUUCAUAACCAAAAAGACUUAAAAAAUAUAUAAUCUCUAUAUACAUAGAUUAACUUGAGUAUAUGUAA